GAAUACCGCGGAAAUCAAACGGGCUACCCAUAUCAUCAGUUUGUCGUCCAGUACCCAUUUGGCUCCACCCUGCGCAUAUAACAGUGCUUAAACUUGGACUCUUUCUGAGCAUGUAAUUGUCAAGUGAUCUAAGCAUCUUUGCCAGUCCCUCAAUAAAUAAUUUGCUACAUUCAAAGCUGUGCAGCAGAAGAAUGGCAUUAGUGGUAUGGUUCAAAGGUGGUUUUCCCAGGGCUUCUGGUGGCCUUGUGAAAAAAAAUUCUGGUUCAGGCUUGCGGAAAAUGAAAACGGCCAUAAGAACAGACCGCUCUGCAUCACGGACUCUAUUCCCUAAAAAGUUCAAGUUUGAGGAAACGAUGGCAUGUCAGGAUGAAUGUGAUGGAAUUCUGUUCUAUAGAAGCAGGGAUGGUGAAGUAAUUUGUGAAGGCUAUGAUGAGGGCCCUCAGUUUCGUCCUGCCCCCUGCCACCAACAAGAGGAGGAGUACAGGAAAGAUGUCAAAUUAUAUUCAAUAAUUCCAGGAAUUAGACUCUACCUUGUUGAGGGAACUGAUUAUACAUGUGUGGACGAAAGUUUUAUGAAACCCUUUUUUGAAGGAAAACAUGAGAAUCGACACCAUGACCAUUAAGCCAAACAUAAAAAUAUAUGCACUGUGGAGAUCUGAAGCCUUCAGCAUGUGAGUUGGGCAAGGAUCCUUUUUGAAGGAAAAUUGUGGUUUGGAUUGAAAUGAGAAUGAUAAGGAGAUAUCAGAAUGGCUGAUGAAGGUGUAUAGUUUCGUUGACCUCUCAGACCUCAUGUCUUUGAUUUCAAUGCAUAUAGCUUCUCUGUGUCACAUAUGAACCAAUGCAGCAAAGCUUUCCUUGUGAGAGGUUUACACCACAAGAUAAAUCCCUGCACCUAGUUUGGUUCUGUAAUAAAAAUAAAGCUUAUUUGGACACUAACAAUUGUUUUUGUUUCA